AUGGCCAAAGUGUGGCAGCACCCGUUCCUGAAUGUCUUCAAGCACUUUAAAGUCGAGGAAUGGAAAAGGUCAACCAAAGAAGGCGACGUGACAACCGUGAUGGACAAGACUCUGAAAGGCACGGUGUAUCGCAUCAGCGGUUCGGUCCCCGCCGGCAACUACCUCCAGCUUCCCAAGACCAGUACACAAUCACUGAGCCUGACCGGCUGCUACCUCUACAUCCUUUUCAAGCCCAUGCCGACCAAAUAUUUUGUGGUGCAUCUGGACGUCGCCACAGAGGACAGCCAAGUGGUCCGUAUCUCCUUUUCCAACCUCUUCAAGGAGUUCAAGUCGACGGCCACGUGGCUGCAGUUCCCCUUCAUCUGCGGGGCGGCCAAGGGAUCCGUCUACGAUAACACGGCCAAGGCGGCCAAGCGAGAUCUGGUGGGCCUGGCUCCCUCCAACGUGCGCUGGACUUUCCUGGCCCUCGACCUCCGCCACAUCCUCUCCCUGUACCUGAACAGGAGCUACAGCCAUCUGAAGAGCAUCAAGCUCUGCUCCAACCUGCUGGUGAAAAACCUGUUCACCAGCAACUUGCUCUUCGACCCAGGCGUCUCCUUGUCUGAAGCUCAUCAAUCCAAGCUGGUCUUGAGCGGCACCUCCCCCAUCCCACGAGAAAUGGCGUUCCCCGUGCCGAAGGGCGAAAAUUGGCACGACCUCUACGAUCACAUUAGGUUUCCUUCAGAUGGAGCCAAGAUGCCGUUCGACUCUAUUCAGAAAGGCACUUUGACGGCAGCUUCAGAUGCUCAUGUUCAAGAUGGCCCAGGUAGCUGCCUUCCCAAGCAAGUAACGCUGAGCAAACCUGUUCGGGACAGAGUAUCUCUCAUCCAGCAAAUCACCAUUCCCAAGGAGAUGCCUCGUCAGUCCCCUCUGCUAGCCAAGAACAUCCCCAGAGUCAAGCUGGCUGCCUCCAAAACUCCGCAGGAGCGGGACCAAACCGGCUGGAGAGAAGGGCCGCAAGAUGGAGGCGAUUCCGGCUUCCUGUUGUCUCUGGCGGAUGACGGCGGCAUCCACGUGUACGCCCACAAAAACGGGGAUGUCACCAUCCACGCGGUCAGGGUCGAUUCGGACGAGGACUCCUCUGCAAAAGGGCCUGGACCAAAAGUGAUCUCCACCAGGAAUUCUGCUCACUGCACGAGGCUCUUGCCAGACCCGAUCCUGAAGCUGAAGAGGAUUAUUGGGUUUGGAGGCUGCAGCACCCGAUGGGCACUGUGGGCUGCCCACGGCAGAGUAGUGGUUUACCCCUGCCACGCGCUGAUCGUGGCCGUCGCUCUGGACUCUGGCAGACAGUGGUUCUUUGCUGGCCAUACAGAUAAGGUGGCAGCGCUGGCCUUUAAUGGCAACUGCACUCUGCUGGCCUCCACCCAGAUCGGGCACCUGAGCAUGAUGCGCCUCUGGGACUUUGCAAGCACCAAGUGUCUCUCCAUGUUUAAAACGGGCAUGCAUUCGGUCUCUUGCCUCAGCUUUUCCUACAACGGGAAUAUCCUGUGCGGCACCGGGAAAGACGGGCAUGGGAAAACGGUGGUGGUCGUGUGGAACACAGCCCAGGUGAGCCGCGGUGGGGAGGUGGAGAUUCUGGCCAAGGCGCACACGGAUGUGGACAUCCAGACCUUGAAGAUCGCCUUCUUUGAUGAUACCAGAAUGGUGUCUUGCGGCAGAGACAACGUGAGGCUUUGGCGGGUGCGGAGCAGGGCCCUGCGCUCCUGCCCGGUCAACUUAGGUGAAUACCGUUCUCUGGAGUUCACCGACCUGGACUUUGAGGCGGGCCAUUCCACCGACCGCGAGCCGGAGGAUCGGACAUUGUUCGUCUGCAGCAGGAGUGGCCACGUCUUGGAAAUCGAUUACAAGAACGUUGCCGUCAGGAACGCCCGGCGCCUGCUGCCUUCCGAAGCGCAGCACUCCCACCGACGGGAGAAGCAGACCUUUAACUCAGGUGCUGGGAUAGCGCUAAACAGUAUCUGUCUCUCGUCGAGUUUCUGUGCCACGGCCUCUGACGACGGCUACCUGCGCUUGUGGCCGCUGGACUUCUCCGAGGUCUUCUUGGAAGCAGAGCACGACAACCCGGUGACUUCCGUCAGCAUCAGUCCGGAUAGCCUGAAGGUUUUGUGCACGACGGCCUCCGGGACGGUGGGCUGCCUGGAUGUCCAGUCUCGGGACUACAGCACCAUCAUGCGCUCCCACACGGACUCAAUUUUGGCAUGUUCGGUGGAGUGGCUGCAGCAGGAGCUGGUGACCGUGUCUCGGGAUAACACCAUCCGCAUUUGGAACCUGGAGUCUAUGCAGCAGCUGUUUGAAUUCACUGCCUCAGAUGAGACGCCGUGCGCCGUGGCUUUCCAUCCCUCGCAGCCGAUCUUCGCUUGCGGUUUCGACACGGGCGUGGUACGCACCAUCAGCCUGGCUGCCUCGAAGCUGCUUGAGGAACACAAGCAGCACCGAGGUUCUAUCACCGGCCUGGUCUUUUCCCCAGACGGCAAUUUCAUGUACAGCGCCUGCAGUCACGGGACCCUGGCUCUGUAUAACUGCGCCGUCCAGAAAAGUCACGUCGUCAGAGUUCUGGCCAACGUGGUGUCGCAAGAUGCAGACCAUGGUCCGGACGCAUUGUCUGUCAGCACCAACGGGCGCCUCCUGGCCUUUGUGGGACCUUCAAAACACAUUGUGACACUCAUGGACGGUCAUUCCCUGGACGAGCUACUCAGGAUCGACGUGAGCAUUCUGGAUUUGGAGAGCACCGCUCUGGACUCGGCCGUGCGGCUCCGGUUUGCCCCUCCCUCUCUCGGCCACCUUCUGGUGACCACCUCCUCCCAGAAGAUCCUCGUGCUUGAUGUGAAGUCCGGGCGCCUGAUCAGAGCGGUCUCCCCAGUGCACAAGCAGUCGUGUUCUUCGUUGGCCUUGAGCUCGGACGGCCGCUACCUCCUGACCGCUGGCGACAGGGUUAUAAAAGUGUGGGAUUAUGGGAUGAGGUUCGACGUCAACUCCCAGGUGUUUAUUGGCCACUCUGAGCCAGUGCGGCAGGUGGCAUUCACCCCUGACCAAAGGCAGGUCAUCAGUGUCGGGGACGCCAUCUUCCUCUGGGACUUCCUAGGGGUGUCGACCAAGGAGCCCUCCAAGGAGGAGUUAGUACCCGGCAUUCUUUCAGCAAAAGCCUUCCCGUUGCUUUGGGAGUGGGGUCUCCCUUCCCCUGGCGGGUCCGUGUGUACGUCUGCACGCUCACCUCCCUGCCAUCUUAACUCCAGGCUCCGUCGCGGUUCCCGGACCCAUUCCUCUCUCGUCGAGACCUUCCAGUCUCCAGGAGCCGAAGCUAGUCUUGAAGAGGUUCGGGAUUUGACCCCCGGGGCCACCGAUACUCCCCGCAAGCAGGUUCCCCUUCCGACGGUGAUCUCCCCACCAUGCCUGGAUCUCAGCUCCAUCCAACAGAUGGUGUAUCAGAAGACUUUUUCAGAAUCCGAAGAGGAGGAGGAGGAGGCAUCUCUGAAUGGUGAUACUGGCGAGGCUGCGAACAGGGCCAAGGCCCCCUCUCCUCUCGCUGCGGAGGAAGCUGUGAAGAGCGAAGAGCCUGCAGCCGUGAAGCCCGCCGCCGUUCAAUCUGGUUCAGGGCCCCGGAGCCACGCAGGAGAGGAAUGUCGGAAAGAGGCGAAGGGGCCCGAAAACAACAUCCGCCCAGACUGCUACAGGCAUUUUGCUCCUCGUUUCAAAACAUCGGUGCCCUCCUCCAAGGCCUUCGCCCGUCCUCUGGCCGAUGCCGAAAGGCUGAAACUGAAAGCUGUAAUCGGCUACAACGGGAACGGACGGGGAAAUAUGGUCUGGAACCCAGAUACAGGUCUCUUUGCCUACAGCUGUGGUUGUGUGAUCAUUGUAGAAGACCUGCACUCAGGGUCCCAGCAGCACUGGCUGGGACAUCCGGAAGAGAUUUCGACACUUGCCGUCAGCCACGACGCCCAGGUCGUCGCUUCCGCCUCCGGCCGCGGCCGUGGGGACUCUCGCUGCCAAAUCCGCAUCUGGGACGUGCGAGCCGGGGCCUGCCAAAAAGUGCUGUUCCACCACGAGACCCAAGUGCAGGCCAUGGCGUACUCCCGGGACGACCGGCUCCUCAUCACGCUGGGGGACUACGCGGACAGGGUCGUGGCCCUCUGGGAUGCCCACACCUACGAGCUGAUGUCGUCCACCCGCUUCUCUGAGCCUGCCCACGAAGUGGCCUUCAGCCCCCUCCUGGCGGGGCACCUGGCCUGUGUGGGGAGGGGGGCGGUGACUUUCUGGCUUAUGGAACAGCAGGGAACGAACGUCAGUCUGAAGGUCCGCAGGGUCCCCGUCCCAGACGCUGUUGGGCCGGUGGAGCUGACCUCGCUCUGUUACGGCGCCGGCUGCCUUCUGUACAGCGGGACCAGCACGGGACAGAUCUGCGCCUGGGACACAGAGACCGACCGCUGCUUCAUGACAUGGGAGGCCGACGAGGGGGAGAUCGGCAUCCUGCAAUGUCACGGUAACCAGCUGGUCAGCGGCAGCAACACCCGGCGGAUCCGACUGUGGUCAGUGGCGGCGGUUCAGGAGUUGAGAAUCAGAGGCUCCGAUGCCAGAUCCAAUUCGGUCCUCUUGGAGCAGGAGAUGACCCUGGAUGGGACUGCCGUGAGCGCCACCUUCGACGACUCCAUGGACAUGGGGAUCGUGGGCACCACCGCAGGGACGUUGUGGUACGUCAACUGGACGGAGAACACCAGCAUCCGACUGAUCAGCGGGCACAAGAACAAGGUCAACCAGGUGGCCUUCAGCCCUGACGAGUCCCACUGCGCGACCUGUGGGGAGGACGGCAGCGUGAGAGUCUGGGCUCUGGCCAGCAUGGAGCUGGUGGUGCAGUUUCAAGUGCUCAACCAGAGCUGCCUGUGCCUGGCCUGGAGUCCCGUGCCUGUUGCCCUCAGCAGGGCAGAAGGCCAGCAUAUCGUGGCGGGCUACAGUGACGGCACCCUCCGGGUGUUCAGUGUUUCCCGGACGGAGAUGGAGCUGAAGAUGCACCCCCACUCGGUCGCGGUGACGGCUCUCGGCUACUCUGCGGACGGAGAAAUAAUCUUGUCCGGCGACAAGGAAGGGCUGGUGGCCAUCAGCAGCCCGCGGACAGGGAUGACGAUCCGAGUCCUGGCUGACCAUCGGUCGUCCCCCAUCAACGUUAUCGAUGGCACGAGGAAGCAGCACGCUGAACUCGGGGUGGAAGGCGACGAUUUGUGGCUGGCCGCGAGUGCCGACCGGCGCGUGAGCAUCUGGGUCUCGGAUUGGAUGAAGGACAAGUGCGAACUCUUUGACUGGCUGACCUUCCCAGCUCCUGCAGGUCCCGAGGUCCCUCAGCCUCUGCCCCCCAGCCUGGCAGCCUUUUGCCCUUGGGACAAGAGCACGGUCGUUUAUUCGGGCUUCGGGCUGCAGAAAGAAAUCCUUUUCUACAGUCUGCCGCAGAAACAGGUGAUCGAGAAGGUCCCAUUGCCUUACUUUGCCACGGCGCUGAGCUUGUCUCCCGCCGCCUGCAUCAUAGCCGUUGGCUUCAGUGAGCGCGUGCUGAGGCUGAUUGACCGCACGGCAAAGACUGAACAAGACCACCCGGGGCACGACGAUGCCGUCGCCCUCUGCAGAUUCACCCCGUCAGGGAACCGCCUCUUCACCACGUCCUAUAAUGAGAUCUUGGUGUGGGAAGUCCUGAACGGAUGCUAA